AAAAGUCAUAACCCGUUGUCCUGUUGCCACUAACAAUACUCGCAACUUCUUCUAAAAGACUAAAACCCUCAUUUUUUUCUUCCUUCUCAAAUCCGUCCAACUUAAUUCAGCCACAACGGCGUAUCACUCCGAUUAAUCUCUCACAUGUUCAGAGCUCCGACAACCAGCGGCGGUGGCGGUGGUGCUGGUGUUCCGUUGACAUCCAUCACCACUCAAUCACCAAAUCCCGCUGACAUGGCGGAUCAGAGCCACCACCGCGCUGCCACCACUUCCGCUAGGGCUUUCCAGUUCCACCCCGCUCGUCCAGCUAUUAUCGACCUCUUCAAUCUCUAUCUCGGCAGAAGUGGCCGCGAAAAGGCGGACGAUCUGGUUCGAGAACCUCCGAACAAGACACAGAAACGAGUGACUGCUCUAAAUAGAGAUCUUCCUCCACGCAAUGAACAAUUUCUUGUCGAUUUCGAGCAGCUUCAGAAUCAAUUUCCUGAUCGGGAACCGUUACGAACUGUAUCAGAAUCUGUUCUCAUCUCUCUGGUUAUCCAAUGUAGUAAUCACGCACCAAGAGCAGAAUUUCUUCUUUUUGCUUUGCGUAAUCUGUACAACAUAGGUUACAUAAACUGGGAUACUUUUCUACCAUCUCUUCUUUCAUCGGUUUCUUCUGCCGAAAUGUCGGUUAGUAUAUCUUCAACAACUUCACCACCGCCAACCAUAUCUUCUACAUCUUUAGCACAAACCGGAAUGUUGCCAUCAUCCACCGCAAUCCCGUCUUCAAAUUUUCAAACUUCAAGUCCCGCAUCUCCGUUAAUUUCCGUUCACGGAAUCGGAUCCCCGUCUCAAUCAGCAAAUGAACCGUCCACUACACCGUUAUCGCCUGUAAAAUCAUCAGACAUCAACAACUCCGGCCACCAUUCAAGAAGUAACAUGUUAACGAGAGAUAAUGCUAUAAGCAGUUUGCGCCAGCUGUGUUGCAAGAUCAUAUUUUCUGCGUUAGAAGUUAAUCUAAAACCGUCUACUCACGCUGAUAUUUUUAACCACAUGAUGAAUUGGUUGGUUAACUGGGACCAACAACAACAAGGGAGUGAUGAGGUUGACGGAAUAAAAUCAUGGAAACGCGAUAAAGCGUUAUUUGAAUGGUUACAUAAUUGUUUGGAUGUGAUUUGGCUUUUGGUUGACGAUAAGAAAUGCCGUGUACCGUUUUAUGAAUUAGUACGAAGCGGGCUACAGUUUUUACAAAAUAUAUCAGAUGAUGAGGCGUUAUUUACGCUUAUUUUGGAGAUUCAUAGGCGAAGAGAUAUGAUGGCUAUGCACAUGCAAAUGUUGGAUCAACAUAUUCACUGCCCGACAUUCGGGAAUCAACGCCUUUUAUCUCAGGCUACAACUAGUGUAUCAAGUGAAGCCGCCAUAAAUAUGCGAUAUUCGCCUAUUACAUAUCCAAGUGUCCUUGGAGAACCACUGCAUGGGGAGGAUAUUGCUGUAUGUAUUCAGAAAGGAAGUCUAGAUUGGGAGCGGGCUCUACGUUGUAUCCGACAUGCUCUUCGUAGUACACCAGCACCCGAUUGGUGGCGACGAGUGCUACUAGUGGCACCGUCUAACCGCCAACACCCACAGGGACCCACACCUGGUGCUGUAUUUACUUCAGACAUGAUCUGUGAGGCUAACAUCGAUAGAAUUGUUGAACUUUUGAGGUUGACAAAUUCAGAGAUAAACUGCUGGCAGGAGUGGCUUGUCUACUCAGAUGUAUUCUUUUUCCUUGUGAAAAGUGGUUGUAUAGAUUUUGUCGAUUUUGUGGAUAAAUUAGUUUUACGCCUAUCUGAAGAUGAUCACCAGAUUUUACGGACAAAUCAUGUCACAUGGUUACUCGCACAGAUUAUCCGGGUUGAGCUUGUAAUGCAUGCGUUAAAUACAGACCCUAGAAGGGUGGAAACAACCAGAAAAGUUUUGUCAUUCCAUAAAGAAGAUCGUAGCUCUGAUCCUAAUAAUCCCCAAAGCAUCCUGCUUGAUUUCAUUAGUAGUUGUCAGAAUCUUCGCAUAUGGUCACUGAAUUCUUCUACCCGGGAAUAUUUAAACGCUGAACAGCUUCAAAAAGGAAAACAAAUAGAUGAAUGGUGGAGACAAGUAACUAAAGGGGAUCAUAUGAUGGACUAUAUGAAUUUGGAUGAUAGAUCAAUUGGAAUGUUUUGGGUGGUUUCUUACACUAUGGCACAACCGGCUUCCGACACGGUAAUGAGUUGGUUAACAUCUGCGGGACAUGCAGAACUACCGGGCCCGAAUCUACAAACUAAUGAGAGAAUAACAAUGAUGCGUGAAGUUCAUCCUGUGCCAAUAUCGUUGUUGUCGGGAUUUUCAAUUAAUUUAUGCCUGAAGCUGGCUUUUCAGAUGGAAGAAGCUAUGUUCUCCGGAGAACAUGUGCCUAACAUUGCGAUGGUGGAAACGUAUACUAGAUUGCUACUCUUACAACCUCAUUCGUUGUUUCGUUCACAUUUAAGUCAUUUGCAUCAGAAGAAUCCUUCUAUCUUAAAUAAGCCAUCAGCUACACUUCUGGUACUUGAAAUCCUCAACUAUCGAUUGUUUUCCCUGUACAGGUAUCAAGGUAAGAGCAAGACAUUAAUGUAUGAUGUCACAAAAAUUCUCUCAACGUUAAAAGGGAAACGCGGAGAUCAUCGUGUGUUUCGAUUAGCAGAAAACCUGUGUAUGAAUCUCAUUUUAUCAUUGAGAGAAUUCUUUUUCGUGAGAAAAGAAGGAAAGGGUCCCACGGAAUUCACGGAAACAUUAAAUCGCAUAACUGUAGUGAAUCUUGCUAUCAUUAUCAAGACUCGUGGAAUCGCCGAUGCUGAACACCUUCUUUAUCUUCAAACGAUGUUGGAACAAAUCUUGGCCACUAGUCAACAUACUUGGUCAGGGAAAACGCUACGUUACUUUCCACCUGUUCUAUGUGAGGCGUUAAUCGGCAGGAUAGACAAGCGGGGCCUAGCAAUCCAAGCAUGGCAGCAGGCAGAAUCUACUGUUAUCAAUCAGUGUACACAGCUCUUGACACCGUCAGCUAAUCCUACUUAUGUUAUGACCUAUAUUAAUACAAGCUUCCCUCAACACCGACAAUAUCUGUGUGCUGGAGCAUGGGUACUCAUGCAUGGCCACCCUGAGAACAUAAACAAUGCAAACCUGGGACGUGUUCUCCGAGAAUUUUCACCUGAAGAGGUGACUGCAAAUAUAUAUUCAAUGGUGGAUGUUCUUCUGCAUAAUAUGCAGUUGGAAUCACAGCAUGGACAUACCUUGCAGGAUCCUAUAAUGAAGGCAUGUGCAAACCUUGCAUACUUUAUCUGGAACCAUGAGUUGCUUCCACUGGAUAUUUUGCUUCUUGCGUUAAUUGAUCGUGAUGACGAUCCACAUGCUUUGCGUAUUGUUGUUAAUUUACUUGAAAGACAAGAGCUUCAACAAAGGAUAAAGUUUUACGUUGCUAACCGUGGCAAACCUGAGCAUUGGCUUCAAAACGGAAUAUUCAAACGUAUUGAAUUACAGAAGGCUCUUGGCAAUCAUUUGUCGUGGAAGGAAAGGUAUCCAACGUUUUUCGAUGAUAUUGCAGCACGUUUACUCCCUGUUAUUCCAUUGAUCAUAUAUCGGCUUAUUGAAAACGAUGCUGCAGAUGCAGCAGACAGAGUUCUUCAAUUCUAUUCAACGUUUCUUCAUUAUUAUCCUCUAAAUGUCACAUUUGUUCGUGAUAUACUUGCGUAUUUCUACGGACAUCUUCCCGCAAAACUCAUUUUCCGAAUACUCAACGUGCUUGAUAUUAAAAAGAUGCCAUUUUCAGAGUCAUUUCCGCAGCAUGUUAAUUCAUCAAACGCCAUGUGUCCACCACUGGAGUACUUUGCAUCUCUUUUAUGUAACCUCGUGCAUAACGUAAUCCCUCAAUGCAACUCAAAAGCGGAUCCUUUAAACAACGGUACGCGUACAUUCAUCAACAGGAAUCCGACAGCUAGUCAACCUGGGUCAACCAACACUUUUGAAGGUCAAAAGGCAUUCUAUCAAAUACAAGAUCCCGGGACCUACACACAGCUUGUUCUAGAAACCGCAGUUAUCGAGAUCCUAUCUCUCCCAGUAACCGCAGCACAGAUCGUAUCAGCACUCGUACAGAUUAUCAUCCACAUACAACCAACUCUAACUCAAUCUAACCAUGGUUACCACGGGUCAACUACUAGUUCGGGUCAAGGCUCCGCUUUGCCAGCUUCACCGUCAGGGGGAAGCACCGAUUCUUUAGGUAGAUGUAGACAAAGUGUUACGGGUAUGGGGCUUGUUACAAGAAGCGGUUACGCGAGUCAACAACUGUCUUGUUUGAUGAUUCAAGCGUGUGGACUGCUGUUGGCUCAGCUUCCUACGGAGUUUCAUAUACAGCUUUACGCUGAGGUGUCGCGUGUGAUUAAAGAGAGUUGGUGGCUUACCGAUGGUAAACGAUCUGUUAGUGAAUUAGAUUCGGUUGUUGGUUAUGCUUUGUUGGAUCCAACAUGGGCUGCUCAGGACAAUACCUCCACUGUAAUUGGAAAUGUGGUGGCUUUGCUUCAUUCGUUCUUUAGUAAUCUUCCGCAAGAAUGGUUAGAUAAAACACAUCUUAUCGUAAACCAUCUAAGGCCCAUAAAAUCAGUUGCAGUGCUGAGAAUAGCGUUUCGGAUUGUGGGUCCAUUGCUUCCGAGAUUAGCAAACGCUCACAAUUUGUUCAGCAAGACGCUAGAACUGCUGUUGAACAUGAUGGUGGAUGUGUUUGGGAGUCACUCUCAGCCGUCAACUCCUGUUGAAGCAUCGGAAAUAACUGACCUUAUCGACUUCCUGCAUCAUAUUGUGCAUUAUGAAGGUCAAGGAGGCCCUGUGCAGCCAAAUUCAAAAGCGAGACCAGAUGUAUUAGCUUUAUGUGGAAGAGCUAUUGAAAAUUUAAGAAGCGAUGUGCAGCAUCUUCUCUCUCACCUAAAAACCGAUGCAAAUGGUUCCAUCUAUGCUGCUACCCAUCCAAAGCUUUUUCAAAGUCCGUCUUGAUGAUUACUUUUGAGAUCAAGGUUCUUCUUGUGUAAUAUAAAGUAGAAUUUUCACUACAUGAGGUCCAAAUCACUGUUGUUCAGUGAUGGGCCCGGUUUCCCAUAUGAAAACUAGUUAUUAGUUGUAGCUAAUAUUUAGAGACUGUUCUCUAGUUAUUUUUAUAUAAGGUUUUAGACUUAGCACGGCAUGUUGUCUCUUGUAUGUUGUAAAAUGUUAAUCUUUGUAAUAUUUUUGUAACAUCCGGCAUUAUUGUCUGCUUAGUUCA